AUGGAGGAAGAGGAGCAAAGUCUUGUGCCUCUUUGUCUCCCCCACUGUGGGGAAUGCUGCUCCGAUUUGAAUCCAGACACCAGCUGUUGCCUCCCUGAUUCACAGACCCUCAUGCCAGACAAGACCAGCAGAUACCAUGUCCUGUGGAUCAUCAGCACCUUCUCAGAAUACACAGUUGUGCCUGAUUCUGCUCUAGCAAGAAUUGUUGCUGCUGCUCCUCGGGAUAAAAUCUGUCUGUCUGGCUGUGGAUUUUCCACCUGUUAUGGGGCUGCCAUUAAUACUGCCAAGGUUAAACCUGGUUCAACUUGUGCCAUCUUCAGUUUGGGAGGAAUGGGCCUCUCCGUUGUUGUUGGCUGUAAAGCAGCUGGUGCUUCCCAGAUCAUUGGGAUCGACAUCAAAAAGGCUAAAGAGUUAGGAGCCACCGAGUGGAUCAACCCUCAGGACUUCAAGAAACCUUUUCAGGAGGUGCUGUUUGAGAUGACCAGCCAUGGUGUGGACUAUUCCCUUGAAGUUACUGGACGUGUAGAUAUUAUGGCAGCUGCUUUGGCAUCCUGCCACCUGGGCUCUGGGAACUGUAUGAUGAUUCAAACACAUCCUUUCAUAUCCUUUGGCCCUAUGCUGCCGUUCACUGGACAUCACUGGGAAAGGAGUUUUAAUGGUUGGAAGACCAAGGAUUCUAUCCCCAAAUCAGUAUCUAGUUAUAUGGAGAAGAAAUGUAAUCCAGAUGUGCUAAUGACCCACACAUUACCAUUUGACAAAAUAAAUGAAGGGUUUGAAUUGUUACGUUUAGCAAAGAGGUGA